AUGUCAAUUCGGGAUACACGUAAGGCUAUUGAUGAAGACGCGAAGCGCGAAGAAUAUAAAAAGAAGAUCGAAGCUGAUUUCGAGAAAUAUGGAACCCACGUAAUGAAAAAAGUUAACAGCAAAAAUAUAAUGAUCAUAGGGCGAACACGUUCAGGAAAAUCAACGAUCAAAUCAAUGCUGCUGGAUCCCACAAAAGUGCCCGAUGAAUUGACGCUUAAAUCUGGCACAAGAGAUCCUAAUAUAGAAUCAUUUUACAUUAAAGACAUGGACGCGACACUUAACAUUAUAGAUACGCCAGGUCUCUUCGAACGUGGCACUGAUGAGAAUGGCAUUCGUGAUAACCACGCGAUUUUGACAACUAUAGAAACGUGUGCUAAUAUGGAAAUUACCUCGUUUAAUGUGAUUUGUUUUUGUGUUGCCAUUACGGUUGGUAUCAAUGGAGAAGAUGUGAAAGCAAUUGAAUUGGAUCUUCUUUUCGGGUUCAAUCAACCACGAUAA